CUCACAAAGUGGCUCCGAGCACAUAGCCUGAUUGCAUAACAAACAAUAGUCGGCUAGCGGUAGUUUUCCUCGUUUAUGAGGUAAUAAUAUAAAGUAACUAUAAUUUCCUUCUCCCAUUUCUUCUCUUCGUCUCCCUCUUCUGCGCCUCUCGUUUCAUUUCUCGGCCCCUCUCUUUUUCCCUCCCCGCUGAAAAAAUAAGAAUUCUCCAGAAAAGGCGGAACGGGGCGAGAAGGCAAAUCAAAAGAACGCUUCUAAUAUCUCCGGCAGACCACCUGAAUCUUCCGUCGGCGACAUGGCUUCAGAUUUUGCUCUGCAAGUUCCCGCGGAGCUGGAGUCGGCUCUGCAGAUGAGGACUGUGCGCUACUUCGACACCCGGAGGCCGUGGCUCGAUCUCUAUGGAAUCCACGUACGUCCUGUUGCGCCAUUUGGGAGCACGAGUAGGAGACUAGAUGCUGAUCCAGCGCUAAUUCACCGUUCCUUGCCCGAUGAGUUGCUCUUCGAGGUAUUCGCACGGAUGAAUCCCUAUGAUUUGGGAAGGGGAGCUUGUGUAUGCAGAAAGUGGAGAUAUGCUAUUCGUAGCCCUGUUCUGUGGAGAAAUGCGUGCUUGAAGGCUUGGCAUUUGUUUGGGGUCGUGGAGAACUAUAAAGUUUUGCAGUCAAAAUACGAGAGUUCAUGGAGAAAAAUGUGGCUUUUAAGACCCAGGAUCCGCACUGAUGGCCUCUAUGUGAGCAGGAACACUUAUAUUCGAGCUGGAGUGCGAGAGUGGAGCGUAACCAAUCCAGUUCAUCUGGUUUGCUAUUUCCGUUACAUGAGAUUUUCAUCUUCAGGGAGGUUCCUCUACAAAAAUUCUUCUCAAGUGGUCAAAGAUGUUGCGAAAUACAUGAACUUUCGAGCAGCUAAAGGUGAUGGUUUAUUCACCGGUCGUUACUCUCUGAAUGAUGAUCAGGUUGAAGCUGCUUUUCUGUAUCCUGGGUUGCGUCCUACUUUAUGGAAAAUUCGCUUAAGGUUAAGAGGGACACAACAAGGUGCAAACAAUCGUAUGGAUUUGCUCUCGCUCGUGACUAGUAGAGUGAACAGUGAAGGCAUAAGUGGACCGGAGGAGGAGGUCCUCGGGGCGGUUGAUGCCUUGGAGGAUGAGAUCACUCGUACAUCUCACAGGAGAGGUCUGGCUGCUUUCGUCUUUGUUCCUUUCGAAGAGGUGGAGACCUGUGUGCUGAACCUACCUGUGGAGAAGAUGGAUUAUUACGUCCCUGGCUAGAUUAUCCUCGAGUCCCUUUUCUUCCAUCUGUAAAUAAUAGCAUUGCGUUCGC